GCAACUGCUAAUUUGCAGCAUGAACAGCAGCAGGCACUGUAUGAGGAACUGCCUUUGCUUUAGGGGAAGACUGCAGAGAUGUGAAGAGAAAUCAGAUUUGAAAUCUCACCAGUUUUGAUGGCAUCUUACUAGCUUGUUUGGCAAUCCUCGUCUUCUUCAUUCUCCAAACACACACAGUACAGCUCCUGGAUUCAACAUGGAGCAAAGCAUUAGAUGUCUAGACAUUUGCCACGUGCACUUCAACUUAAAAGGUCUGGCAUGGAGCCCCUGCAAACCAUCAGAUAAUAGCACAGUUGUCUCUGUAGGUGUAGGGUUUGUGCAUGUUUUGGCAAGCAAUGACAAAUGUAACUGUUUUUUUCCUGAAUGAUGUAUCAUCACAGUGGCAGAAUUUUGGCAAGAGGGCUUGUGCUUGUGCAGAUGGCUGUUUUGUGUCCUUUUGCAGUGUUUCUGCCAUGAGUGUAGCAUCAGGUGAACUGAAUACAAAGAUUACUGUAUCAAAGGAACCAUCAUUCCUGAGGUGUUUGGGUGCUGCAUAUUCACAUACCUAGCCCACAUCCCUGAAGUGUUGUUUGAAAAUAAACUCUUGGGUAACCUCCAGGAAGAGGGAUGGAAAAGGUGUAUUAGUGGUGAGGGCUCAGCACUCUGAGAUUUAGGUGCAAGAUCUCCUCUGUGUUUGUUAGUUACUCAUACCGUACCUACAGCAGUACUGAGUCAGGACUUGCUUGCUUUAACGGGCAGCCUGUGAGUUACACACGUAAAAAUGCAGUCUUGCGGGUCUUGAUCCAGAACCUGCAAGCGUUGAUGUAAUUAUAAGACAGAGCACCACUGUUUGCAAGGCCCUUCUGGACAUGGGAUGUGUGUUCUUGGCCACUUGAUGCUUUUCCAAAUUCUAUCUGACAGGUCCCAGAGAGAACUCCUCUCCGUGCUUGCUAAGGGUGUAGGUUUUGUUAGUGUCUCUUGGUGGUGUGCCAACACCUCUGUCACAUACUCGAGGAGGUGUUCAGACAUUUAAAACUGUUAGAGCAUCAUCCAGCUGCUGACAGGAGAUGUUGGGCAAAGAGCUUUAUGGUUUGGUAUGCAGCUGCUGAAGUCAGUGAUGCAGACAGGAUGGGAAUGGCGUUGUCUUUAAACAGAGCCCAUGCACUGGUGCCCCUCUGAACCAAGAUCCUGGCCUUUUCCGGGACUCCUUCACACUGUAUGGGAAUUAAAUGGAUGAACUGUUUUCUCCUGGACAAAAGAAAGCAAAUAUUCAUUAUGCUGACUUUAGAAAAAACACUUGCAGCCUACCUUUCAGAUGGAAAGAAGUCCUAUUUUUGUCCACUGACUACUUGCAGUGUACAGAAGGAAGAGAGGGUCCUUUUGGUUUGUUAGACCCCUGCCCCUGGACAGGCUUGCAUGGCAAUGUGCAUGUCAGAUGUGCCCUCUGCAUAGCCUGCUCUUUUCCAGCAAUAUUUCUUGGAGUCUUCAGGAGGAGACUCUGUGCUGUCACGGCUCUGCAGAGCACAGACUCCUGUUAUAGAAGUGCCCGGAGCUCAGAGGAUCGGAAAACAUGCUUACGUUGUUAACCUGUGCAUGGUGCAUCUGUUCAGCUUUCCAGCUUGUUUUGCUUGCAGUGGGUUCUUCAGUUGGGUUUAUGCAGUUCCUUUACCUUUUAUAUACAUUCACAGCAAAAGAUGCAACAAUAGAAACCCCUUUGUAAAAUCACUUCUCUCUAGCAUGCAGAGUUACUCCUCUCGGGCUGCAGUAACGGUCAGCUGUGGCUGCAGAAUUGAAGGUUAGAAGGAGAAAGCCAGCAUCUUCCUCCUCUUGAGUGUACGACCUUUUCCCUUUGCCUGCUGUGCUGAGAUAGUCUCCAUGGGGAUGGAUCACAGGCUCAGUGCAUGGAUGUUCAGAGCAACAUUUCACAGCUAAUAUGCAUUGGGCUGCAAAAUCCAUUACCUUCAGCCCUGUAAAAAGUAGACUUAAAGUAUAGUGGAUAUAAUAAAAUUAUAGUGGUAUCAUAAAAAUGUAUUACUCUUCCAUAAAGGAUAUUAAGUGUCUGAACAUCUAUAAAAAAGUUCUCCAUCAAUCCUCUACUUUCAGUUCCUGCCUGUGGGGCAUUUUAAGAAAUGCACACUGCAUGUCUUCACUUAAGUCAUGGUAUUCAUCAAGAUGCACCUGCCUUCAGUUCACUGCAGCAACAGGGCCUGAUUCUGUUGUGCCUAACAGGGAGUAGGAAGUGGGUAUGAGUGAAAGAUCCUACUUGGUUAGCAUUGCCUGUCCAGCUUGCACAGACACCCAUGGUGCUGAGACACACCAGCAGCACAGUCAGGCUGUGUAGUAAUGGGACGAGUUUUUCCUCUGCUCCUGAGUCAAAUGACAAAAGGAAAAACUUUUUCCUUUGUCAUCCUCACUCUGUUUCUGCAGCAAGGUAAAAGAUGCUGUGUUACUCCCUCUCUGUUACUGGCUCCAUGUGGCAGUUCAUUUUCAGCUUUGAAGGAACUUUAGGGUGACUUCAUAUUGGUGCCCUUCCUGCCACAUCUGAGUUUUCAGCACACAAACUCAUGGGAAAUCAUCAGGGAAGUGCUGUGUUUCAUCUUUUUAAAAUUCCUUACGUUUUGUGAAAAACACAAAGUUGGUCUUAGCUGGAAUUGGGGGCAGCAUGUCACUAGGACAAGCUAUUUUUAUCACCUUUCUUUAUUUGUUUUCUAGCAUAUUCAACUAAGCACAACAAGCUUCCUGUCUUUAAUUCUGAUGAUGACCUCAAGUACCUGUGUAUCAGUGCUUUAAGCCCCAACACCACCAAGGCCACCUUCUGUGCUCUCAACAUGUGGAGAUACUGGUGCAUGGACAAAGGACUCAGAGAUUACAUGGACAUCGCUAAGGUCAGAAAAUUUAGCAAAAUGCCAUUUUUUCAGUGGUGGAGCCAGCCCCCCAUAUCAAAUGAGGUUAUCAUAAAAUUUAAAAAUAGAUGGGAUUUCAGCCUUCCUUACGUCCUUGUGGUCUUGGGGACCUUCCAAGUUUCUCUUAAUAAACCUGUAACCUUUUCUAAUUCACACCCUGUUGCCUUUACGGUUGAGCCAGUAGCUUGGAGACCCGGGGUGAUCCUGAAGAUUUCCAUGUGCAUAACACGUGUUCACAACCUUGGCCCCAUGCUGCCAUGUCACAAGAUUUCCCGCUGUUAUCCUAAGGACAUACUGUUUGCAUGAUUUCAGCUCCCAGGGCUAGCCAAUGCGAUUCCGAGCAUUUGAGGACUUUUCUACAAAAAAAUGAACUCCCAAGAAAAUCAGUGUACACCCCAAAAAAUAAGGACUGUGACUAAGGGCCGAAGUACAAAAAGCCCCACUCAGGUUUGGAGCUGGUCAGGUUGGUCUAAGACAUUGGCAGGCUAAAGCAGCCUGACAGGCAGCCUGACUGCAAUACUGACAUCUCAUGGAUAAAAGCAGCAGCAUCUCCUUUUCCUCCUCAUUCUCCUCUUCCUCCUCAUCCUCCUUCCUCCUCUUCCUUUUUCACCUGAAAACUGUCCAUAUGUACCAUGUUACUGCAAAAGCAGAGUAUUACACCCAAGUGGUAGGUCACACAUUUGCACAUGGUCACACCUCAGUGUGACUGAAACCUUCAUUCACUUCAAAAAAGUCAGGAAUUUGUCUCCUUUCAUCUGAAUCUGGAUUUCUGCAGCUGGUGCAAAAGUGGUGCCAGCCAGUGAAAUGCAUCUGGUCUGUCUGAGCACUCUGACACCAUGGAAUUUCAUUGCAUCUCUUUUGCUUAGAUAAACAUGUAGCCUCUUCCCAAGACUGUAGGGCUGCCCAGAAACAAACUUCUGGGGAAGUGUGGAAGCUGCUGUAGGUUUCUUCAGACAGAGGAUGGAGAAGCCCUAAAUGUGUCUUCCCCAUGUGUGAUGUAUUUCCUUCCCAUGAGUACCUUGACACAUCUUUCCCAUUCCUCUUGUUCCAGAUCCCAGCAGUGAAGCUCAAUGAACUCCUGGAGGACUUUUACAUCACCGUGAAGAAAACAGAUGGGUCUGACUUUCUAGCCAUGUCCCUCCACGCUAUCCAACGAGGCCUAGACCAGAUCCUCAAGAAUGCUGACACUGGUUUCUCCGUCACCUGCAGCACCUUCAGCUCUUCCACCAGAUAGCUCAAGGAGAAGCUUAAGGUCCUGAGCAAGGCUGGAAUGUCUGGUGCCUGCUCUCACAACGUUGUCUACUUCUCCCCUUCUGAUGAGGAAGAGAUGUGGAGGAUGGGAUACCUGGGAGAUGACAGCCCUGUAGCCUUGCUGUCCACAGUGGUGAAAUACGACAGCCAGUACCUGAACAUGAGAACCCUCCAGGAGCACGCAGACUUAACGUUCCAUAGUGACAUUGAAUUGCUCGAAGACUCCCAGAACAGGCCAUUUUUUUUUGCCAGAAUGGAUAGCAUGAAGCAAGGAAACAGGAUGAAUGCAAACAGAGCAUGUUACGGCCAAAUCUACCAUGAGCACUCAAAAGGGCACAAGCUCUGCCCAUAUUGCCUCCUCUACAAGUACAUGUACAUACUGGAGGCCAACUCUCCCUUCUACCUGACGGCCCAGAAGGAGGUCAGUGGCAUGGGGAACGUCUGGUACGAGGAGCAGAGGAUGGGCCUCCACUCCCUCAGGGUUGUCGUCCCCAAGCUGGUGAAGAAAGUGAAGCUGGAGCACUGUGAAAAUUUUACUUUUGUCUCUUUCACUCAGGCUUCCAGGAAGCUUGUCUCUCUUAGCUCCUACCAAUAACUGUGUCCUCUGUCUGAUCUCACCAGCCAGCAUCCCAAGGAAGUGCUUUGCCCAGUGUCUUUAGUGUGAUGUGAAGGGGGUUAGCUGCUUUCAAACAAGAGCAAAAAGUGGAAAGACAGGACAUUAACUUCUUAGGAGGACUGCAAAAGGUACGGUCCCAUUUUAAGGAUGAAUACAGUCUUUUUCUGAAAAGCAGGAGAACAGUGGUCUCCUUCACUGCUGCAAGGUCUUCCAAGCAAAGAGGUGGUGGAGAGCUUUUUCCUCAUUGAAGGCAGCAAUGUGCAUGUCAUGGAUUUUCCUCCUUAGCAAGUAUAGCUAGGAGAAAGGAGACUGAGUUUGGGGGAUA